CAAAACAACAUCGCUGCAUUCCGAGAUCGAAUACAUAAUAUUAACGAUUUCAUAAAAUUAGGAUCCAAUUUUAGCUAUCUAACUUAAUCAGUUUUCAUAUCAACCGUGCCAUAUCAUACCUAGUUAUCGAAAAAUCGAUACGUAGUGUAGUAUAUAAAUGAAACCGCAUCACUAUUUGAAAUCUACCCUCAGUGAUAAGGUGCGGAGUUGAUAAGGUGCGCGGCGUGGACAGUCGUACGCGGACACCCGACUGCAGACGUAUGCGGCUGCGGCUGCUCCCGCCAUUUCUCUCCCUUUCCCGCGGCUACACUGUAGCGCAUACCUGCGGACCUUUUUUUGUUAUGGUGUCCCUCGCCCCGCGCGCCCCGCCUCGCUCCUCCAAACAUACACCGUCUUGAGACGCGACUCGGGGCGCACGCACGCACUCCGCGCGGCCGACACUCUCGCGCGUAAACAUUCUCGACUACAAUGACAUCUUUGAUGUAACGCGCCGGAUACAUCUCUGCAACAUGAAGUGCAUCGUGGCUGUUGUUGUCGUGACCCUAGUGACCGGAGCCGCCGCCGAGGCCUCCGUGCGGACAUGUGAACCUAUUAAAGUGGCGAUGUGUAAGAACAUUGGAUACAAUCAGACCGGCAUGCCCAACCUGGCGCGGCAUACCCUGCAGGCGGACGCCGACGUGACGCUGCAGACCUUCAGCCCACUCGUGCAGUACGGGUGCUCCUCUCAGUUGCAUCUGUUCCUCUGCUCGGUGUACGUGCCGAUGUGUACCGACAAAGUGGCGCUGCCCAUCGGGCCCUGCAGAGGACUUUGCGAGAGUGUGUACACCAGAUGUUACCCUGUACUCCAUGGCUUCGGCUUCCUUUGGCCACCUGAGUUGGAUUGUUCUUUAUUCCCUGCUGAGAAUAAUCACGAACACAUGUGCAUGGAAGGACCGGGAGAACGUGCACCACCAAUUGGCACUGUAUCUAUGGAUAUGGGUAAUUCAGGCGGCCGAGGAGCUUGUCGAAGACUUAUAAAACCUAAGAAUUGGGUGUGGGUCCGAGGAUCCGCACGUUGCGCACAGUUCUGUGACGCAGAAGUACUAUGGGAUGGUGGAGAAAGAAAAGCAGCAGAAGUUUGGUUAGCUACGUGGGCAGCUUUAAGCUUCGCUUGUACCCUGGCUGCUGUGGGAGCUCAGCUAGCGUGUGGGGAUCGCGGUGGGGCCGGGGAGCGCGCGCUGGUGCUGGUGGCGCUGUGCCGCUGCGCCGCGGCCGCGGGCUGGGGCGUGCGCGCCGCGGCCGGCAGGGCGGCUGCCGGCUGUGCCAAGGACUCCACCUCCCCCACGCGCAUGUUACUGGCACACGAUGGAUUAGCUAACCCUAAUUGCGCUGUUGUCUUCCUCCUGCUGUAUUACUUCGGUCUCGCUGCAUCUGUUUGGUGGGUUGUAGUAGCAGGCGCCUGGCGAGCCAGCGUGUUACGUCCUCCAGCGCCGACCACUGCAGCUUCUCGCACCAACCGUCACUCGUCUCUGCUGCAGCUGGCCGCGUGGGGAGUGCCUGCUGCGUUAGCUGCUGCAGUACUGGUGACUAGAGAUGUGGACGCUGAUGAGCUUACUGGAACGUGCUUCGUAGGUAACCAAUCCAGUAAGUCUUUACUGGCCCUGGUUAUUAUUCCUGAAGCUAUCUGCUUGCUGCUUGGGUGCGUGUUCCUGUCUUCAGGUUUUCGUGCAGUUCUCCGUCGACCAGCACCCGUGCCGGCUCCAUCCGUGCUACUGAACUCGCCGCCACAACCACAUCAAGACCAAAGCGUCCUAAGACUAGGAGCGUUUGCAGCACUAUAUGCCGUACCAUCAGCAUGCAUACUAGCUACUUGGGUGUAUGAGUACGCAUGGAGAGACGAGUGGCUUGCUGCUCCAGUGCCUUCAUCAGAACCUUCAACACAUUCAAAACCGGCAUUCUGGGUGUUUUUGUUCAGAAUAUUUGCCACCCAGGUCCUUGGUGUCAUGGUAGCUGUGUGGAUUGCCACUCCAAGUCUAAAAGCUUUAUGGAGAAGAAUUGCUGGGCCGAGGAAGCAGCCGCCGCUGGCGAAGUGCCCUCCGGGUCCACCGCCCACUCCACUGACGCUGCACUGUUACGCGACACACUCGCACACUCUAACAAGGCAUCCGCACAAAUAUGCAACGUACAGACCACCACAAACACAUUCGUACAGAAAACCGAGGCACUACCACUACUCAGCCGGUGAGACAAUACUUUGACAAGGAUAGUGCUUGCUCAACUUGUGUUAAUUACUGGAGUAAGUUCAAAAAUGGUUCAAAGACAAUCGUCAUCAAAUGAACCUUCGUUGUUGCAUUUAAAAUUCCUAAGAUGUGUGUUUGGAUGAACUAAUAAUCAAGUGCCAUUAGUUUUAAACUGAGGUCAGUAUGCGGCCUUAUUACUAAACAUAAUAUUUAUAACUGUAAUUACCUACGUUUAAAUGUUUAUUUAUAAUUUUAUGAAUGAUGUAUACCUAUUAAAAUAAAAAGAAAUGUAGUACCUUAGUUAUUGAAAUAGCCUCGCAUUUGAUAAAAUGGUUAUCAUGUAACGUUAGCAAAACCUCUGAAAUCCUUCUGGAUAAAAUCAACGUUUUUAUAAAUCACUGAUUAACAUCCCUUAAAAGAAAUAUUUGAAUAUGUAAGUAUUUUGUGUUUAUUUAUAUAGACAAAGACGAAAUUAAAUGAUUGUGAUGCGAAAUAAUAAUUCGUCCGAGUGAUUGCAUAUUGUAAAUAAUUUAACAUAGAAAAUGUAAAUAAAUAAUUUGACUUAGAUUGAGUUGUAAAUACAUAUAGGAGUGAUAAGUAUUAUUGAUGUACAUCGUGCAUAAUAUGUUUGUUAUAAAAUAGUAUUACACGUAGGUACCUAAAUGAACCUAUAAAAAUCAACCUUAAAGAUCUCUUCCUCAAUUAUUUUUCACUUUUUAAAUUGUGUUUAAAAAGCAAUUGAACCCGUUAUUGUUUCAUUCAAGUUAAUAUUUAAUUAUAGCUAUCAAUAUUUAGCAGCAGUUAUUUUUUAAUAACACUGAACAAGAAUAUUUCAGCGCGAAUGCCCACCUCCUAAUUGCCAAAAUACUAUAAGUUUACAACUAAAUAUAAUGUAAAUAAUGACUGAACAUAUUUGUUUGUGAAUAUUACUUAAGUUCUAUAUAAGUAACAAGUGUAAGAUAAUAAUAGAUUAUAUCGCCUAAUAGGUAAGUAGAUUUACAAAUAAAUAUA